AAGUUUGACUGUGCUGAGCGAAGAGGCUUUGCUGCUGCGCAGUUGACACAAGACAAGACGGGCGCCCCUCUUAAACAGAGAAGGCAGUGUGAUUCCGACAUUUGGCUUCUCUCCUCUUACAACCAGCGUUAGGAAGCAAGAAAACAAUGGCGCAACAUGUUGGAUUUGGGUCCCACCUUCACCUUCAUCAAACACCCUUGUUCACAAAAACUACAACUUCAAUAACUGAGUCAAGUUCAACUACUCUCUCUCUUCCUCCUUGCUUCCCUUUCACCUUCCCUUCGUCCUCGAUUUCAAUCUCGCGUUCGUCGUUGAUUCCAUUGAAACAUGAGGAAGGAGAAGAACUGCUGCAGGAUGAUGAUUCUGUUGUUGUUUCGUCUCUUCAACCAAUCUGCAGUGAAGACCAUUUCAAUCGUGUCCUUGCUCAGUCUCAACACGCUCUCCUCGUUGUUUGGAUGGCUAAUUGGUGCAGAAAAUGUAUAUAUCUAAAACCCAAAUUGGAAAAGUUGGCAGUAGACUAUUAUCCAAGCUUGCAAUUCUACAGUGUGGAUGUUAAUGCAGUUUCACACAAACUUGUUGCUCGUGCUGGUGUAACUAAAAUGCCAACUAUACAACUAUGGAAAGACAGCAAGAAACAAGCUGAAGUCAUUGGUGGGAAUAAAGCAUAUUUGGUAAUAAAUGAGGUUCAGGAGAUGAUUGAGAAUGAGUGCACUAUGUGAAUUUUUAGUGCAGCAGACAUUUUAUGCGAUUUUAUACUGCUUUCUGCAGAAAAUGCAGCAAAAAAGAGCUGUGAUUUAUGCUGCUUUUCCCCCAUCGUGAUGUUUAGAUUGUAAGGUGGCAAAUGUAUAUAAUCGGAUUGGAUUGGAAGACAAAAACGCGUAAUGGAUAUAUAAAAAAGAACAAUAUAGUUUUUUUUUUUUUUGAGGAAAAAGAACAAUAUAGUUGUUUGAUUUAGAUAUGGAGAAAAAUAUUCUCCUGAAAGAGUGUCUCCUUCAAGAAAAGGCUUCCUUUAACACAAACUAGUUAUUUUGGUGA